AUGAUGAUGGGAUGGAUUGCCGGUUACUCUCGCUCCAAGGGGACCUGCGUCGCUCCCAUGUUCUCGAACGGCCUCGACACCUCGACAGGCAAAGCCCUCCAAGCCUGCACCGCACCAACUUGUCCCAUGCCGACACGGCCACCAGUUUCACAACCAGCUUCUCCUUCCCGUCCCAUCUUUUGUCGCCAGACACAAUCUACCAACACACUCCAUUCAAUCCCGCUCGCUGCCACCCUCAGUCUUUCGCUUGUUGCUGUUGUUGCUGUUGUUGUCCCAUUGUUUCCAGCUCUCGUGUCCAGCCAUCUUGUCUUUUCCCCCUCCAUAUCUCCUCCCACCUUUCCAUCUGGGCACUCAUUGGCCGUUGUUGGCUGCAUCCCAAGAGAUUUUCCUCGCCUCGUUCUCUGCACUGACUUUGGCCGCACCCUUUCCAAGCGUCGAUCUUGCUACGCUCGACCAAACUUUGAACCCGCGGCCCGACCAUCAUCAUCACUCGUGCAUUCUCUAGCCACAGAGGCGGCGCUGCUAGACACAUACAUCGCGACUAUCUAUAGUACAUCGCACCUUUCCACCCAGCACCACGGCCCACGAGGGGGCGACGUCUGUCUAAUAGGCAUGCGACCACACACGACAUAUUCCGCCAUGCUUGCGCCCUUCAUACUACUGGCCUCGGCCCCGCUAGGCGUACUAGCCGGCGACGUCCUCAAGACCAAUGGAUACAGUUCGUGUCUGUCGGGCACACCAGACAUCAAGGUCCACAAGCUGGACAUUACUUUCGACAAAUCCACAAAAAAGGUCGUCUUUGAUGUAUCGGGCACCAACGAGAAGGAGCAAAAGAUCAUGGCGACGCUGAUUGUGAAUGCAUAUGGUAGAGAGGUGUACAAGAAGGAAUUUGAUCCCUGCGACAACUCCACCAGGGUGGACGAGAUGUGUCCGGUACCCGCUGGCACCUUUGGAGCAAGAGGAGAGCAGACCGUUCCCGAUCAAUACAUGUCCGCCAUUCCCGCCAUCGCCUUCAACAUACCCGAUAUUGACAGCCAGGCAACCAUGAAACUUACAGCAAAGGAGGGCGGCCAAGACUUGGCCUGUAUCACAUCGCAAGUCAGCAACGGACAGUCACUCUCCACGGUAGGCGUACAAUACAUUGCCGUCGGCAUUGCAGGUGCCGCUCUGGUCGUCACCGGUUUGGCAUCGCUCAUAGGUGCUGGUCAUGCCGGUGCGCCCAGCUCCAGUCCUACCUUUGGCGACAUCAUUGGAUGGUUCCAGAGCAUGGCUUUGAAUGGCAUGAUGAGCGCAGACGCUCCAGGUGUCUACCGCAGCUGGACCAAGAAUUUUGCCUUUAGCACCGGCAUCAUCUACUGGGAAGACAUGCAAACCUCGAUUGACAGUUUCCGUGAAAAGACUGGUGGCAACCUAACCGAAAACAGCGUUCCCUUUCUCAAAAACGCUACCCUCGUGCAUGUAGACCAAAACAUGACCCUAGCGAAGCGCGCCGUUGACACCUUCCUCUGGGCUCGCGACGAGUUGGCCGUGGAUGCGAGUGAGAACACAAACGGCACCGAAGGCGACAGCAAGUUUCUCCACCAAGUCAAGGGCAUCCAAGGCUUUGUCGAGGAGUACACCGUCCCCAACGGCAACGCCUUCAUGACGGUUCUUCUCAUCUUCGCCAUUGUCAUUGCUGCCAUCACAGUUGGCAUCCUCUUGUUCAAGGUCAUCCUCGAGACCUGGGCUCUGUUCGGUUCCUUCCCCAAGCGACUGACGAGUUUCCGCAAGCGUUACUGGUGGACUCUGGCCAAGACCAUCACCAACUUGAUCCUUUUGCUUUACGGUAUCUGGGUGUUGUACUGUGUCUAUCAAUUCAAGAAUGGAGACUCGUGGGGUGCAAAGACACUGGCAGGUGUGACCCUGGCCGCCUUCACUGGCGUCCUCGCCUUCUUCACCUGGAAGAUUUGGAGCACGGCCAACAAGUUCAAGAAGAUGGAAGGCAAGCCUGAUGCGCUGUACGACAACAAGGAGGUCUGGCGCAAGUACAGCAUCUUCUACGAAAACUACAAGAAGAACUACUGGUGGAUCUUCGUCCCAGCCAUCGUCUACAUGUUUGCUCGUGGUUGCGUCAUUGCGGGUGCCAAUGGACAUGGUCUGGCUCAGGCAGCAGGCCAGCUCAUCGUCGAAGCCCUGUUGCUGAUUACCCUGCUUUGGGCCCGUCCGUACUCGCUCAAGUCGGGUAACGUCAUCAACAUCACCAUCCAGGUUGUGCGUGUGUUGUCGGUUAUUUGCAUUUUGAUCUUUGUCGAGGAGCUGGGCAUGACGCAGACGACCAAGACUGUCACCGGCCUCGUCCUCGUCGUUGUUCAAGCCUCGUUGACCGGUGUCCUGGCCAUUCUCAUUGCCGUCAACGCCAUCAUCAUUUGCUGCAAAGAGAACCCUCACCGCAAGAAGCGCAAGGAAGCGGAAAAAGCACGUGACCUUGACACCCUCACUCCCCUCGAUGCCCGCAACUCCCUGCUCAUGGAUCCUCAAGAGUACAAGCGCUCUUCACUGCCGCCGUCCUUUGGCCCCCGUUUGGCAGGCUACGACCGCGUGCCCCUGGCCGAACAACACACGGCCUACAACGGCCCAGGGGGGCGCCAAUUCUCCGAUGACCAAGGCCAUUUGCUUGCAGAUGCGAGUACAUUCGGGCGAGCUCCGACUCACGAGCGAAGUCCAAGUCGCGACCGAGACGAUGUGGACUAUGGAUACACGCAGCCGCCGGGCUACGGACCAGUGGUGGGUGGUGCGCCAUGGCAGCCAGGGGUGCAUCAUCCAGACAAUAAAGGCGGCUAUGCAUACUAA